AUGUGGGAUCCAGAACAAACCCUGCUCAGGCCCAUCUCACAUCUACAAGUGAAGGCAUGCCAGUCUUCAGAUCCUCCGCAGGCUGAUAGUCAUCUGGAGAACCCAAAGUCCAAAGAAAACUUCAGGAAUUUCAAGGAGGGGGCGCUGAUUGACCGAGUGUACCACACUUACCUGCUCAUGCACACCAACCAGACUGUGGAAUUCGUGCAGAAGAAGAACGAGCAAUACGGUGGCUGUAACCUCCGUCAGAUGACCAUCAUGGAGGCCUUGGAGUUGCUGGACCAUGUGGUGGACGAAUCGGACCCCGAUGUGGACUUCCCCAACUCCUACCAUGCCUACCAGACAGCAGAGGGCAUUCGGGAGAAACAUCCUGAGAAAGAUUGGUUCCACCUGGUUGGACUGCUCCAUGAUUUGGGGAAGAUUUUGGCCCUGUCUGGUGAACCACAGUGGGCUGUGGUGGGAGACACGUUCCCAGUGGGUUGCAAGCUGCAGGACUCCAUCGUUUUCAAGGACUCCACCUUCCAUGACAACCCGGAUACAAGAAAUCCUCUGUACACGACCAAGUAUGGGAUGUAUCUGCCCCACUGUGGCUUGGAAAAUGUCCUGAUGUCCUGGGGCCACGAUGAGUACAUGUACCAAGUGAUGAAGAAAAAUAAAUUUGCUCUUCCGGAAGAGGCCUUCUACAUGGUGCGGUUCCACUCCUUCUACCCCUGGCACACCGGAGGGGAUUACAUGCACCUGUGCAAUGCCAAGGAUCUCCGGAUGUUACCCUGGGUGCAAGAGUUCAACAAGUUUGACCUCUACACCAAGUGUGAAGAGCUACCUGACCCGCAGCAGUUGAAGCCCUACUACGAAGGCUUGAUAGCCAAGUACUGUCCGGGCCAACUGUCCUGGUGA